AUGUCCAGCAUAAGUUCUUCUGAAGAUUACAAAAUUUCUUUGGAAUUGGGAGGAAUUAUUGCUCCAUUAGCUCAGAAAGCCUCUCUAAAUGAGCAGGAUUUCAACCUAAAGCAUUCAGCUUUCCUGGAUUUAUCUUCAAAGAUCCAGCAACUCAAUAGUUCUCCUGAGUCCAAGGCUCGUCUUCAAGAGCAAUUUGAAAAACUUUUAAACGCAAUUGAAUUUUUUGAAAAGCCUGAUAUCAUACCGUUUCCCUGGCUAGAUUUUAAAUUCAAUGAAAUAAUUAUAAAAGAAAAUCCUGAUAACUGUGACACAUCAAGAUCUCAAGGAUCCCAGCUCAGCAUUGAAAAAGACCAAAUUAUGACACAAGAGUAUCAAAAAAAAAUUAAAACUUUAGAAAAUGAGAUUGAUGAACUCAAGCUUGCAAUUAGGAAGCUUAGAGAUGAAAAUCAUGAAAAUGAAAAAUUGAAAACUAGGCUUAAGAGGAUUGCAGAGUUGGAAAAAGAAAACGAAAAAUUGCAAAAAAUGCUGGAAGACCAAGGGGAAAGAUUAAAAGAGAGCGUGAUUACUGAAAAGGAAUAUGAAGCGAUGGCUAAAGAGAUUGAUAAAGAAGUUACGAGAAUUAAAAAUGAAUUAGAGGAGAGCGAAGUACAAAGGGUGGAAAUAAGAAGGCAAUAUGAUUUGCUAGCUCCAAAUUUGUUUAACAAACAAUACCAUUAGAAAAAUUCGAAUUCUAGGGAAAAUUAACCAUUCAUUAGUGACAAAAAACUUUUUAAUAUUCAUUUUUACAUAUCUUCAAUUUCAUAAAUACUUAUUUACUAACUCCCCCCCCAUCCUUGAUCGAACGAUUGACUGUAAAAAUUCCUAAAAAUUGGGGAAAUUAACCCCCAUCCUUGAUCGAACGAUUUUCAUAUCAUGCAAAUAUUUAUAUAUAUAAAAAUAUAUUAUUCAUCAAAAGCUUGGGAAGAUGUACAUAAUGAAGUUGCUUUCAGAAAUUUUUUUUUAACCCCCAUCCUUGAUCGAACGAUGGCGAGUCGUUCGAUCAAGGAUGGGGGGGGAGUAAGAAAAUUAUUACCUAAUUGCAAUGAAUAAAUCAUCCCAACAAGAAUUCAUUAUCCUAUUUCAUUUUGUAAUUAAUAUAUAAAUUUUAGACAGCCUGCAUUCUAUAUAAAUUUUAUAAAUUAAAUGAUUCUUAAACUUUUAAAAUUGUUUUAUAUAGACAUUUUAUAGCAUCUCACAAAAAAUUUUGUUCGCUACCCAAAGGGUGAUUAAAUAAAACGUAUCAGGAAAUGAAAAGCGAUUAUAAGAAUGAAAUACAAGCACUUAAUGAAAAAAUCAUUGAAAUUAGCAACAGAAGUCAAGAUAUAGAAAACAAACUUAAAGCUAGCCAAUUUAAAGAGUCUGAAAACCACAGCUUAAUUGAAUUGGCCAAUAAGCGAAUUUCUGAGCUUCAAGAAGAACUAAACAAUAAAGAAACUCACCUCCAGCUUCAAAAUAAGUGUAUAGAAGAAUAUAAAAAACAGUUAGAAGAUCUUGAGCCAGCAACUCGCUACCAAAUCCAUUUAGAAAACUGCUUAAAAGAGCUCGAGCAAAAGCUUGCAGAGAGCGAAGAAGCAAGAUUUGAACAGAUGAAGCUUUACAACGAGCUUCAAAGACAAAUUUCAUCCCAAGAAACGGAAAGGAUUAAUCCCCACAGAAUUAAACAGCUUGAAGAUUUAUUCAUGAAAAGCGGAGAAAAGCUUGACGAACUCUCCACGAAAAUCUAUCAAACUUUAGACACUGCAUUAACUGCGAGAACUGAAUCUGAAAAGAAAUUUAGAAAACUACGGAAAAAGAAAUGCCCACAUAGAGAGAAAUUAUUUACUAGGCUAUAUGCUGAAAAGAAAAAUCCGUGCGAAAUCUGUAUAAAUGUUCACGGCCAUGAAUGGGCAAAAUCGCCCAAACGUAAAAAUAAUAUAAUAAGUUAA